AUUUUCCGCGCGAUCGUGUACCCCUGGUGCUGUCCAGUCUUCUCUACCCCACAGUGCCAGAGGACUUAGCGCUUGCCAAGACCUUUCCCGAACCCGGCCAAUUGGCCAUCACUGCGAGCAGCAUUUCGGGCCCCGAGACGACGCCGGAGAUCUUUGAAGAGGAGCAGGACAUU